AUGUCAUCAGUUGGAAUAGAUCUUGGUACAACAUACUCUUGUGUUGGAGUUUGGCAAAAUGAUAGAGUUGAAAUCAUUGCCAAUGAUCAAGGUAAUAGAACUACACCAUCAUAUGUAGCAUUCACUGAUACAGAACGUUUGAUUGGAGAUGCCGCCAAGAAUCAAGUGGCUAUGAACCCACAAAACACAGUGUUUGAUGCCAAGCGUCUCAUCGGUAGAAAGUUUAGUGACCCGGUUGUCCAGGCCGAUAUGAAGCAUUGGCCAUUCAAGAUUGUUCAAAAGGAAGGUGACAAGCCAGUCAUUGAAGUUGAAUACAAGGGCGAGAAAAAGACGUUUACACCAGAAGAGAUCUCGUCCAUGGUGUUGCUCAAGAUGAAAGAGACUGCCGAGUCGUUCCUCGGAAAGACCAUCAACAACGCCGUUAUCACCGUGCCAGCCUAUUUCAACGACUCUCAACGUCAGGCUACCAAGGAUGCCGGUGUCAUUGCCAAGUUGAACGUACAACGUAUCAUCAACGAGCCAACUGCCGCCGCCAUUGCCUAUGGUUUGGAAAAGAAGGGAGCUGGUGAAAAGAACAUCCUCAUUUUCGAUCUUGGAGGAGGUACUUUUGAUGUUUCUCUCCUCACCAUCGAAGACGGUGUCUUUGAGGUAAAGGCCACCGCUGGAGACACUCAUUUGGGUGGUGAAGAUUUUGAUAAUCGUAUGGUCACCCAUUUCGUCGAAGAGUUUAAGCGCAAGCACAAGAAGGAUCUCAUGACCAACCAACGUGCUCUCCGUCGUCUCCGUACCGCCUGCGAGCGUGCCAAGCGUACCCUCUCCUCAUCUGCCAACGCUUCAGUCGAAAUCGACUCGCUCAUGGAGGGUAUCGACUUUUACACCUCGAUCACUCGUGCUCGUUUCGAAGAGCUCAACUCUGACUUGUUCCGUGGCUGUAUCGAGCCUGUCGAAAAGGUUAUUCGUGAUGCCAAGCUCGACAAGCGUGCCGUCAAUGAAGUCGUCCUCGUCGGUGGUUCCACCCGUAUCCCCAAGGUACAACAACUUCUCCAAGACUUUUUCAAUGGCAAGGAGCUCAACAAGUCAAUCAAUCCUGACGAAGCAGUAGCCUACGGCGCAGCUGUCCAAGCCGCUAUUCUCUCCAAUGAGGGUGGUUCCAAGGUCGCCGAUUUGCUCUUGCUCGAUGUCGCUCCAUUAUCGCUCGGUCUCGAGACAGCCGGCGGUGUCAUGACCAACCUCAUCCCAAGAAACACCACCAUCCCAUGCAAAAAGUCGCAAACCUUUUCCACCUACUCGGACAACCAACCAGGUGUACUCAUCCAAGUGUACGAAGGUGAGCGUCCCAUGACCAAGGACAACAACCUACUCGGCAAGUUUGAGUUGUCUGGCAUCCCCCCAGCUCCACGUGGUGUCCCACAAAUCGAAGUCACCUUUGAUAUCGACGCCAACGGCAUCUUGAACGUGUCGGCCGAGGACAAGACCACCGGAAAGAUCCAAAAGAUCACCAUCACCAACGACAAGGGCCGUCUCUCCAAGGAACAAAUCGAAAAGAUGGUUGCCGACGCUGAAAAGUACAAAGCUGAAGAUGAGGAGGCCAAGAACCGUGUCGAAGCCAAGAACAAGCUCGAGCAGUACACCUACUCUGUCCGUCAAUCUGUCAACGACGAAAAGCUUGCUGGCAAGAUCGCAGCCGACGACAAAAAGAAGAUUGAAGAAAUUGUCGAUGAAACUAUCAAGUGGAUGGACAAUAACCAAACUGCUACCAAGGAGGAAUUCGAUCACAAGAUGAAGACCCUCGAGGAUAUUGUCAACCCAAUCAUGACCAAGCUCUAUCAACAAGGUGGUAUGCCAGAAGGUGGUGAAGGUAUGCCAGGUGGUAUGCCAGGCGGUAUGCCAACAGGUGGCUCACCAAAGAAAUCUGGAUCUGUUGAUGAACUUGAUUAA